GGCCGACCCGUCAGUCGUCGCGAUCGUGCGCUACAACUCGAUACGAACUCGAUGCUAACUCGAUAGUAACAAGUGAAGUGUGUGUCGUAGUAGGGGUAGCAUGGACGAGAUAAGAUUAGAUAAGGAUGCGACGCUCCACUACAUUGGAUACUUGUAGACGCGAACGAAGUUUCAGUUGGUGAUAAUAGAUGUUGAGUUCGUGAUUUUAAAAAUAAAUCUAGUGUUAAAAUCUCUGAAUUGCGUGUUCAUAAAAAAAUAAACGUAACAGAUAGUGAAGUGGUUAACGAGGUCAUGAAUUAGGUUGAUAAAAUGUUAAACGUUAUACGAGUGGUAUAAUCAAUUAUGGGAGUGCUAUGAAACAUUCAGUGAGGAGGAAGAUAAUGAUAGUGUAGUGAAGUGAAGUGAAAAAGUAAACAUGGGUUGUCAGUUGGGAAAGUUGGCGGCUUCUGAACGGCGAGCGGGGACAGAGGCCCUGGGUGAUGGCCCUCCACCGAAAACAGACCCGAGGCUACCGUUGACGGCGAAACAAAAGUACUCAAUGGUAGCUUCGUGGAAGGGAAUAUCACGAGCGAUGGAGAAAACUGGAAUUUGCAUGUUCAUUAAACUGUUCGAGGAAAACCAAGAUCUCCUGAAUAUGUUCGAGAAAUUCCGACAAUACAGGACAAAAGAGGAACAGAUCAAUUCAAUGGAAUUAGCGGAACAUGCCAAUAAUGUCAUGAAUACCCUGGACGAAGGGAUAAAGGGUCUAGACGAUUUGGACAACUUCUUCGAAUAUAUACACCAAGUCGGCGCCAGUCAUAGAAAAAUACCUGGUUUUAAAGUAGAAUAUUUUUGGAAAAUCGAGGCGCCCUUCCUAGCGGCCGUCGAAUCAACGCUCGGAGACCGAUACACACCAAACGUGGAAAACAUAUACAAAAUAACCAUAAAAUUCAUCUUACAGACCCUAGUUGAUGGCUACGAGAACGCAGCCAAACCGUCGUGAACUGGCAAAUAAUCUCGUAUUUUAGAAUACGUGUACAGAUGUCAAUUUAGAUACAGUGUGUAUUUGUAAAGUAAUGGUACGCUUUCGAAUUUUAUACUAUUCUUCGUGGAGCCAUAUCGUUCGCAGUUGGUAUCAUUGGAGACAUGCCACACUAUGUA